GCCGAAUCAUCUCCAUCUUCGACGGGACUCUUUCUUCACCUUUCCAUGUUGCCAGCCAACUUAACCAUCUUGAUCAUAUCUAUCUGACCCUCUAUGACUUGACUUUGCUUGGCAAUGCAUGUGAUGAUCUUCCGACAGAGGCUUCCUGGAUGAGAGUCCCGUCCACCUCUUCUACGACUCCGUGAUGCCGACGCUUACUGGCCGUGCGCUUCCUUGCGCGCGAAGCCGACGAGGAACACAUCCCAUCAAUUGUUCGAGCUCCAUUCCUAGUCCUCGUUUUUCUCCUCCACAUCAGUUCUAUCUUUCUUCGACUCCAUGGCUCUCAGCUCAGCAUGAGGUUCUUCGUGGACCCUCGUUGACGCAGGCGUCGCAGACCCAAUUCUCGCAAACUGGAUUCCAACCGUCCGCUUUCGACGGACUCGAGCGGCCGCGGGGGGAUCAUGAACAGCCGGACGAGCGCAUUCUCAAGCUCGGAAAAACGCUUCGAAUCCUCUCACCUCUCCUCCCAAACAUCCUCACCAAUCCUCUGCCACCUAAGAUACUCUCCCCGAGCAUAACCUUGCACCUCUUUCCGUCGACCCACCCUCAUCUCCCUACUGUUAAAGGGCGAACCCUCUACCGAGCCGCACUGUGGACUGUGCCCGUUGCCUGGAGCAGCCUGCCCCUCCUCGGCAACGUCAAACUCAAGAUCAUCAGCGAGCGCAUCGUCCGCGCCGGCACGGUGCUGGACCCGGCCCGCUAUGCCAGCGGGGAACAACCAGACGACAGCGACGAGCGCCUAGUCGUGCGGUGGCGGACCGAACCGCGCAGCGAAAAUUAUCAUCACGGGCAGCAACAGCAACCCUCCUUCACCUCCAACCCGCGUCCCACCACCACCACCGCCGCCUCCGCUUCCUCGUCGCCGGCCUCGGGGACCGGCCCUUCGCAAACCGGAACCAACAAGGGCCUCAGCGUGCUGCUGGGCGGGGAUGCGCCGAUCUUCAAACUCUCCAAGGAGGAACAGUUCACGGGGCUGUUCAUCUUCUCGUUCGACGAAGAGGGUCGCAUUGCGUCGCAUACGAUCGAACACGCCGAUGAUGCAUGUGGGUGGGAACGAACCCCGAAAUUCGUCACGUUGGCCGACUGGUUGAUUGGGAAGGCCAGGGAGUCGCUGGACCCCUCUCCGGCGGAGCCGGGCCUGGCCUUCCAGGGCUACCACUCGACUCCGAGGGACAGCUUCUUCACGCGCGCGAGGGGCUUCCAUGGGCGUGAGAAGCGGUAUCAGUUAGGCGGUCAUGCCUGAUUGUCUAUUGAAGCUGAAUGUAACGUUUGCUGCUGUUGUGGCUUGGCAUUUGCUCCGGCGCGUUUAUUUCAGGAGGAUUGACUCCCGUGACGUUCGCGGAAAAGGGAGUUAGCCGGGUGCGCUUCUUUCUAUCUUCUUCGUAAAGAAGAAAGCCUCCCCCCACCGCGCGGGACCUGAUGGAUAUCUGGACGGCUGUUGUCUGAGCUUAUCCGGGUUCGAUGUUUGACCUCUCUCAUCUCCCAUUUUACUGUACAAGUCUUCGA